GCGCAACGCCCGCUGGGAGCCGGUCGGAGCCGCCAAGAUGUCGCUGCCCAAGAGAAGGAGGCUCGAGUCCGGGAGUGGCGGCGGCGGAGAGGAGGGAGCGGAGGAGGAGGAUGGCGGGGUGCUGGAGGCGGCUGUGCCGCGACCCCGGAGGACUAAGCGUGAACGGGACCAGCUGUACUACGAGUGCUACUCGGACGUGUCGGUCCACGAGGAGAUGAUCGCCGACCGCGUCCGCACGGACGCCUACCGCCUGGGUAUCCUGCGGAACUGGGCGGCGCUACGAGGCAAGACCGUGCUGGAUGUGGGCGCGGGCACCGGGAUUCUGAGCGUCUUCUGUGCCCAGGCCGGAGCUCGGCGCGUGUACGCGGUGGAGGCCAGCGCCAUUUGGCAACAGGCCCGCGAAGUGGUGCGGCUCAACGGGCUGGAGGACCGGGUGCACGUCCUGCCGGGGCCCGUGGAGACGGUGGAGCUGCCGGAGCAAGUGGACGCCAUCGUAAGCGAAUGGAUGGGCUACGGACUGCUGCAUGAGUCCAUGCUGAGUUCUGUGCUGCACGCGCGGACCAAGUGGCUGAAAGAGGGCGGUCUGCUGCUGCCGGCCUCCGCCGAGCUGUUCGUGGCACCCAUAAGCGACCAGAUGCUGGAAUGGCGCCUGGGUUUCUGGAGCCAGGUGAAGCAGCACUACGGUGUGGACAUGAGCUGCCUGGAGAGCUUCGCCACGCGCUGCCUCAUGGGCCACUCGGAGAUUGUGGUGCAGGGCCUGUCUGGCGAGGACGUGCUGGCCCGACCACAGCGCUUUGCUCAGCUGGAUCUGGCCCGAGCCGGCCUAGAGCAGGAGCUGGAGGCUGGUGUGGGCGGUCGCUUCCGCUGCAGCAGCUAUGGCUCAGCGCCCCUGCACGGCUUUGCCAUCUGGUUCCAGGUGACCUUCCCUGGUGGGGACUCUGAGAAACCCCUGGUGCUGUCCACCUCGCCUUUUCACCCGGCCACGCACUGGAAGCAGGCGCUUCUCUACCUGAACGAGCCGGUACAAGUGGAGCAAGACACGGACAUUUCUGGAGAGAUCACCCUGCUGCCCUCCCUGGACAACCCUCGUCGCCUGCGCGUGCUGCUGCGCUACAAAGUAGGGGACCAGGAGGAAAAGACCAAAGACUUUGCCAUGGAGGACUGACCCAGCACCUCCCAGGGCGCCUGACUUGAGUGGGAGAGGUCUAGGGAGGUUGGAGGAAAGGGUGUUUCCACAUGCAAAGUAGGGGGGCAGUGUCUCUGUCUCCCUUUUCCUUCAGGGCUCCUGGGAAGGGAGCAGGACUCCUGUCUCCGUUUGAGGAGAUGUGCUUCUAGUGGUGUUUAUUUAAAACGUGACUCCGCAACAACCAGUACUUUGUGCUUGUUAAAGGGCAUUUAAACCUCAGAAACAUGUGGUACCAAGCACUUGGUGUUUCCAUUUGUUUUGUUUCUGGGGUGGG